CUGGCCUGCCUGUGAGUGUGAGAGAGAGAAUUAAGAGAGUGUGCACACUAAGUGGUAAGAACACUGAGAUCAGCUUACAUCUCUCACAAAGGUGCGUGUGUCCGAAUACAAUGUUAUCUUGUGUUCCUACUCUCACAGCCAAGUCUGACCUCAUUUUCCAAAGCUCUUGCUCUUUACGUCGGGCAAUAGGCUUCACUCAUAUUACAAGCAAUUUUGCUAAUGGUUUACUCAGCCUUGACUUGCUUUUCUUCUUUUAACUGUAAAUGAACAGGUAGCUCAGUGUUGUGUGACGUUCGUGGAUUUUCUCAGACUGCUUGAAGCUCAACAACCAAGGGAAGUAAGCCAUUAUUUUGUUAAAAAACAUUCGGAAGCAUCUGUCGGGUUAAUGCAUUAAAUCUUCUCACAAAGCAGCAAACUCGCACAAAAUCUCAGCCACUUGAGACAGUCCUUUCUGAGUCAGGCGGCUGUCAGUGACAUGGAGCAGAUGCCAUCGGAUGAGGAGCUUUGCAUCGCAUCGCUGGCUGACCGAGACUCAGUGGUGGCCAUAGCUGAUGACGUGCACAGCGGCGCCGACUACCUCCCCGCCACCUACCCCUCUCUCGUCCAAGGGCCAGGCGUUCGUGGCUACAUUUACAAAAAAGGGGGCAAAACUGUUGGAUUCAUGAGCACUCAGGUGAUAGACGGAGGAAGGACUCUGCUUACGACUGCAGGAAGAAUAGUAGAAGAAUACAGAGGGAGUGGAGUGUACGGGCGAUUUAAACCACUCAUCCUUGACCAAUACAUCCGGUCACCUGACAUUUGCUACCUUACCUUUACAGUUAAUAAUCUAAACAUGGCAGUGAAUGGACAGAGACUUCUAAGAACAUACAGAAAGGUAUCCGAAAGGGCCGUGACAAGUGUCGAGCUGACUUCCUCUGAUUUUAGUUUCCAGAGGAAAACGGAAUCCGAUAAUCCAAGAAUGAGAAUACUCUCUAGUGAUGAUAUGACUUCUAUCAUGUCUAGCGAGUCACUAGACGACCUCCUUCAUCUAUUCCCAGACAGAAGAAUGAUUCUGGACUGGAAGCCAUACCGAGCGAUGCCAGAGAAUGUCCCCAUCAUCACCAACACCUGCACGCAUUGCGUUUUUGUGGCAACAUACGCCGAGAGUAGUUCCCCUUUGGACAGGGCUCGCAGUUCUCUCCCUCGCAUCCUCUCCGCAGGUAGCUACUACAGGUGUAAGAUUGGUACUCACUACGCAGCAGAUCUUUUCGGUGACGGAAGUGAGGACGAGCUGCGUGCGCACAUCACGUGGCACAUUCUGCGUUCCGUUGAGACGGGCAACGGCAAUGUCGCUUUUAAUGUAUAUUACACCAGAAACUUGGAUGAAAUUAUGGCAGACCUGGCAAAGACCUUUCCACUUAGAAAAUCAAAUCUGCCUUUUAAACAGCAAAUUUUAUUGGAACGAGAGUUGAAGAGUGGCUUUCUCUGAUUUAUCUAUUGUUAGUUUUCUGUUUUUAUCAAUUAGAAAUGCGAACGCCUGACAACAGUUACUUUUAUUAUCUGUAACACUAGAAGUUUCAAUUAAAUUUUUUAAUUGGAUAUUUCAAUGAGUGAAAUUUAGCCUGCUUCAUCAGUGGCUCAUUUUAACAAAAUGUGAAACACGGUUUUCUGUGCGAAGUCCAUCGCCGCACAAGAAGCUGGUCAUGUUCACAAGAACUUUACCAACACCCUGGAGGAUCCCAUCUGUUCCCAGCAAGAGAAUAGAAGACGCUACAGUGUAGUAAAAUGCCUUUCAAAUUUAAUUUAUCUUUGUCAGUAAAUAUUGUUGUGGUGGUUUCCAUUUUGCUUUCUUUUCUUUUUUCCAAUUUUGAUUUUCGAGUAAUCUGGGAGCUUUAUAUGUUUCUCGAUUUAAUUUCUUAGACAAAACUGAUCUAUAAUGUCAUCUUCAUAUAAUAAUUCUAGGGAACACUUGACUAAUGUUGAAAUAAGAAUCCUCGAAGCUUGUUUUACUUUUGUAAGCAUUUUAGCUUGCUGAAGCUGUGAAUGUAGCUCACUGUACACAUGUCACACAUCUCUUUCGUCCUUCAAGUCACUUUUAUGUUAAAUUACUGAACACGUGACAAGCAUCUAAUCUGUACAUUAACACCUGAAAUGUUGCAAGCUGUUAUUUACAUAUCUCGGAUUUCACGAAGCUGUUGGAAUUACUAGGACCGGUUAUCUGCAUAAAGGUCGAAGAAUAAAUAAGAGAUGUUUCCUACUUGUACAAUGAGGUUGGUAAGAAUAUUUAGACAGGUCAUGUGGCAAAACAGGGUUUUCUUUUGCUUAUCGUUCACUAAAUGCCUCUGUUCAUUUACAAACUUACAUCAAGAUAUGUAAACGUUGAACCUUCAUCAGUGUAAGAUAACACCUAUAUGUUACCAAACGGACAUAAAGUAAUUAAAAUUAAAUAAUAUAUAUGUGUAUAACGAAUAAAUAUGCGGAUUCUUUUUAUUUCAUAUUCGUUUUUCGAGUCUUAAAA